AUGAAAUUGCUGCAGGAACUGGUCCCUGGAUGUAAUAAGAUUACUGGCAAAGCAGUGAUGCUUGAUGAGAUUAUCAACUAUGUGCAGUCACUGCAACAGCAAGUCGAGUUUUUGUCAAUGAAGCUGGCAACAGUAAAUCCAGAGCUGAAUGUGGACAUCGAGCGUGUUUUGACUAAAGAUCUUCUACAUCCACAGGUUGGUUUAGGACCAGGUUUUGGCUCAUCUCAUGCUUUUACAGGACUUCACAGCUCGACUGCUCUGCCUUAUCAUCCCUUACCCCCGAACUUGUGGAACAAUGAGCUGCAAAGUAUCCUCCAGCCGGGAUUCGAUUCUAACCCUUCGCUCGGCAGUUUGGGGGCAAACGGUUUGUCGAAAAUGGAUUUGUAG